GAACACAUCAGAAACUGAUGCUCUCUGUCACAUAUGACCCUUCAGAUUCACACAGACACGUUGCCUAACCCGCCUCCCUCCUACAAAACACACACAUCCCCAACAAUUUCCCCUUCACAGUCAUGUAAUCGAAAACAAUCCAGUGCUAUCACCUCCCAUCUGUCUCCUCUCUCUCUCUCUCCAUCUCUCUCUCGCUCUCUCUCUCUCUCUCUCCCUCCCUCUUGCUCCCCCUCUCCCUCUCUCUCGCUGCCUCACUCAUUCCCUGAGCAGCGCUGAGCUGAACUGGAUAGCGUCUCCUUCAGCCCGCAGCACAGACUCAUUUCUCUACACACCAGCUCUGAGUGGAUGCUCAGGAGGGGUGUUUGAGAUAUUAGCACGCUGUGGGGGGGAACGGCUCAGGGACAUCUACCAUCCACACAAAAAGUCAGGAGGAAUAUGGGCAAAUCCGAAAGUCAAAUGGAUAUCAUGGAGAAAUCAAGUAAACCUGGAAAGCGUCGUUGGACUGUCGCAGAGAUCAGUCUGUCCGUGCUUCUGCUGUUGGUCAGCUGUGCCUUGGCCGGGCUGGUAGUCCUCUACACAUCAGUUGUGAAAGAACAAUCGAACAGGUCCAGUGUGUCAAGGAGCUCAACACGAGAGGGCCAGCUGUUUCGCUCCAACCUCAACAAUGUGUGCACAACUGCGGACUGUGUUACUGCAGCUGCUCGGCUCUUGCAGAACAUGGAUAAGUCUGUGAAGCCCUGCGAUAAUUUCUACCAGUACGCCUGCGGGGGUUGGCUGGAGCGCCAUGUCAUCCCGGAGACCAGCUCUCGUCACAGUGUCUUUGACAUUCUGAGGGACAAGCUGGAGAUUGUCCUCAAAGGUGUUCUGGAGACGGAGAACGAACAGGACAGGGAUGCCAUCAGAAAGGCCAAAACCCUUUACAGCUCCUGCAUGAAUGAGAGCCUCAUAGAGCAGCGUGACUCCCAGCCCCUCCUGACGCUCAUUGAGAGUAUCGGAGACUGGCCUGUGGCCUCAGACGACUGGAACUCAACAACAGAGGAGAUGUGGAGCCUCGAGGACACGCUGGCGACGCUCACUGCUCGUUUCCACAAGAAGGUUUUGCUGGACUUGUACGUUUGGACAGACGACCGGGACUCUCGGCGUCAUAUCAUUUAUAUUGACCAGCCAGGACUUGGAAUGCCAUCAAGAGACUAUUACUUCAAUGAUGGAAACUACAAAAAGGUUCGAGACGCCUACCUGCACUUCAUGUUCUCUAUCGCGAAGAUAACCCGAGAGGACAGGAACUUGACCCAGGAUGAAGAGCAUGUGUGGGAGGAAAUGAUGCAAGUGCUGGAGCUGGAGACAGACAUCGCCAACGCCACAUCACCAGCAGAGGAAAGACAAGAUGUCACAGUUCUCUACAACAAGAUGACACUGGGUGAACUACAGAGCACGUUCAGCUUUAAUGGAUUUAACUGGACACGAUUUAUUCAGGGUGUGCUGUCGAGUGUGUCCGUCGAGGUCCAGCUAGAGGAGGAGGUGGUGGUGUACAGCUCCCCCUACCUGGAGAAGAUGAAUGACGUUCUCUCCAGACACAGUGCCAGAACUAUGCAGAACUACCUCAGCUGGCAGCUCAUCAUUGAAAGAGUCAAUAGCCUGAGCCGCCGCUUCAAAGAUGCCAGAGCCCGUUACAGGAAGACUCUCUAUGGGACGACAGUGGAGGAUGCUUGGUGGCGGGAAUGCGUCCGUUACGUCCAGAGCAGCAUGGAGAACGCAGUUGGCGCUCUGUACGUGCGUGAGACCUUCGCCGGAGAAAGUAAACGAAUGGUCAGUGACCUCAUCGGUAAGAUCCAGAAAGCCUAUGUGGAAACUCUCGAGGAGUUAAGCUGGAUGGACGCACCCUCAAAAGAGAAAGCAAGAGAGAAGGCCAUGGCAAUCAAGGAGCACAUUGGUUAUCCAGAUCAUAUUCUACAGCAAAGCAACCUGAAACUUGACCAGGAGUAUGCACAUCUGAACUUUAGUGAAGAACACUACUUUGAGAACAUCCUGGAGAACCUGAAGUCUGAGGCGCAAAAGAGUCUGAAGAAGCUCAGGGAACCGGUGGAUCCUGACUUAUGGAUCAUUGGUGCUGCAGUGGUGAACGCAUUCUACUCACCCAACAGAAACCAGAUAGUGUUUCCUGCUGGGAUCCUGCAGCCGCCGUUCUUCAAUAAACAUCAGCACCAGGCCCUGAACUUUGGUGGAAUAGGAAUGGUUAUCGGACAUGAGAUCACACAUGGAUUCGAUGACAACGGUCGUAAUUUUGACAAGGACGGUAAUAUGCUGAACUGGUGGAGUAAUUACUCUGCCGAGCAUUUUAAAGAGCAGUCGCAGUGCAUGGUGCAGCAGUACGGCAACUUCAACUGGAAGCUAGCAGGUGGACAAAACGUGAGUGGAAUCAGCACUUUGGGGGAGAACAUUGCCGACAACGGAGGAGUUCGUCAAGCAUAUAAGGCUUAUCUGAAGUGGGUGGAGAUGGAGGGCGAGGAGCCAUGUCUACCUGGUCUCGACAUGGAUCACAAGCAACUUUUCUUUCUUAACUUUGCCCAAGUGUGGUGUGGUGCUUAUCGGCCUGAGUAUGCCAGCCAGUCCAUCAAGACCGACUCACACAGUCCCUUAGAAUACAGGGUGCUUGGAUCUCUCCAGAAUUUCGAAGCCUUCUCAGAAGCUUUCCAGUGCCAGAAGGGCAGUCAAAUGAACCCUGAGCAGAAAUGUCGUGUUUGGUAGAAAGUUUUAUUCAUGAAAUAAUUGUUUCCUGACUUGGGCCACUCAAAUCAGGUUUUACAUUUUAAACCCACAGAGAAGAUUCUACUGAAGACUUAUUCCAGUUUAUUUUGGGGCAGACUGACGAGCUCUCAAGUUUCAAAACUCGAAAUUUGUUGUGUACUGUUUAAAAAAAAGAAACUUGCUUGAGUAUCUAUCAAGUUUGAGGUGAUGUGUCUGGAUGAGUCAGUCACUUGUUCUUGUUCACGAGUGGGUACGUGACUGAAAAUGUUAUGUAGAAAACAAAAGAUCUUGUGAAAGGGUUAACCUCAUGACUUUAAAUACAUUACUGCCCUUUCUUGAAUUAAUCCUUUACAAACAAAAAAAAAUCUCUGGUUCAGAUCUUUGUGAUUUAUCCAUUAACGUCUGACACUGAGUUGCCUCUGUGUCUUUCCUCCGACGUGUUGUUUUCAAGAUGUUGUGCCACUCUAGAAAAAAUCAAUAGUGAACCAAUCUAACACUGACUGAAGUGCGAGUCUGAAAGAAAUGAAAGCUGGUGAAAGCUACAGCAGAAUUAGUCACACUCUGAGAGUUUGGUUAUUCACUGUUACAUGAAACAAAUUACCUUAAGACUUUAAGACUGUUAAAUCUUUGCAGCUUUAACCUUAAAUUAACAUUCUGAGAGCUGUGGCUGUCAAUGUUUUUACACUGGAUGAAUAUUUCAAAUUAGAGAGACAUUUAGCAGUUUUGCAGUUUUGUCCUAUCCUGCAGUUGGACGCCUGGUCCUCGGUGCAGAAGUGUACGUGUAUAUCAUGGUGGUUUGCUGUAACACGUCAUUAUCCAGAUGUUUUUUUAAAAUAUUGGUGGCCUACCACAUUUUAGUGAGGAAAAACCCAGCACUCGUGGAAUGUAGUCAAGUGAUAAUGAUGAAAAUGUCACUUUAUUGCAUUAUUGGUUACUGACAUGUCAGACUUUAAUCACUUAGAUGUAGGUUUCGGUGAACUGUAAAAACACUAAUCACAGUUGUGUUGUGUGUUUGAAGCACACUCCCCCAUUUUUUUUAUGCUUCCACACACUUGCAGCCUCUGAAAUGUUCAUACUGAUUUAUUUUAGUUCUAAAAUUCCCAACACGACUCGUACCUACAGUUACUCAAAAUAAGAAGAUCUCUUUGUAUGAUAUGUGUAUGUUAUAUUUAACCAAAAAAGGGUGGCUGGUUUGUAGACGAACUGGUCUUCUCUUUUGUUCCACAUUCUCCCGGGACGAGUCUUGAACACAGUGAUUACUAGACUUUAAGCCUUUUGGGGGGGGGUGGGGGACAUAGCCAAUUACAUGCUAAGGGGAGAGGAAAAGAAAACCCCUCAGAUACACUCACGCAUGGACAGGCAGCAGAUGAAGUGGUUCGCCUUCUGAUCUCGCAUUGAUCAGCGCCGUCAGAGAUGAAAGGGCGAAGUGCAGUGCGCUGAAGCGUGGUGACCGCUGUGGCCGAACCAUGGCAGGCAACUCUGAAGAAUAGAGCUCGUCAUUAAAAAGGCGGCCAGGGCCAGGACUGUUAUUUUCUACCUUUUAUUAACAAGUAAUGACAGGAGAAUCAAAGCUGAACACAACUAAUAAGAGAGGGUGGAUGUAGUGGAGCCACCAUUUUUUGUGCUGAAUAGAGCUUUCAAACACAGCGGGGAAAAAACACACACACACACACAAACAAUACUCAGCCCGUUUGAAUGUCUUCUUUGUCGUUGGUCACAUUCAGAAUGCCUUGGUAAACUGAACCCGACUGUUAGGUCUCAACAGAGGCUCAUGAACUGAAUGUGCAUAUUGAAGCUUUUUAUUCUCAGUCUGUUGCUUAAUCGUCACAUAUUGGCAAAUACUGUUGUGUUGAGCACGGGGAGAGGACGCAGUGAAAGACUGUUUUUCUCACAAUGUAAGGGGAUAUAGCAAAAGUUAAACAUUUUGGGAAACACGUGUCCCCCGAGAGUCAGAUGAGAAAAGUGAUACUACUCAUAUUUAUUCCUUUAAUAUGAAGCUUAUGCUAACAGGUCAUAUAUAUUAGCAUAAAGAUUAAAAAACAGAGGUAAAUUACGAAUCUGGUUCUGUCAAAAACAUCUGCUUAUGUACUUCUAAAGCUCAUUUAAAAAAAGAAAAAACGAUAAAAAAUACCUUGAUUCCUGGGACCAUGAACUGUAUAUAAAGAUGGACUCCCCAAAAGUGAAGCCAAAUCCCCACCUGGUGGCUGGCUGCAGUAUAGGUCAUAAAUCCCGCCUCCUUCAUGUUAGCAGAUGGGACAUGGGCCAAACCAAAAAGUCAAAGUUUAGGUCAUUCAAUUUAUAUACAGUCUACGGCUGGAACCAGUAACUUGCUUGUAUUACACUCAUGUUUAUGACCUUCAGACCAAACCAGGCCAGUUGUUUCCCCCAUUUUUUUAGUUUUUGUGCUAAGCUAAGCUAACCAGCUGCUGUUUUCAGCUUAGCCUCCAGUUUACUUAACGGACAGACAUGAGAAAGGUAUCACUCUUUUCAUUUCCCUUUCUGCCUGAAUCGUAGUUAAAAAAAAAAAAAAUCACAUCUUACUCAGAGAACUGCUGGAGGCCACGUCAUAAGCUCAGAGGAUUUGAAGAGUAACAGCUUAGAAUCUUGUAUCGUUUGUCAGAUUUUCUUCAAAAUGAGUAAAACAGUUCAAAACUGUUUCGUGAACACAAAAAGUAUAUGAUAUAAAAAUGUGUUGUUGUAGAUAUGUUCUAUACGAGUGUAUUUGCUUAGUAAGGCUUCAAAUCAGGUAAGACAGAAAGAGUAUAUUUCAUGUUUACUUACAUGGUGUUAAAUUGUGUGGUUUUGAAAUUAUCAGCCAAGUACAACUCAAUGUUUUUUGCUAUAUAUGAACAAGUUUUCAUCUACAGUGUAUACCCAUCAGAGGAGUUUAUUUAUCUACUGAAUAUUUAUGAAAUAGCCUUGUUGCUUUGCAAGAAUUCAGAUGUUAAAGAUGUUUUAUGAUUGUUCCUGCUGCUAUGUAAUUAUUUAGACUAACUUGCUAUUUUUGUGAUCUGUAAUUAUUGCCAUUAAAGUGACUGUCUCAACUGUGA